CUCUAAACACUGGCGGCGCGCCUUGAAGCACAUGGCCGCCAUUUCUUGUUUGUUGUUUUCGUUAGUAUUUCUUCGUUCUUCGUUUACUUAUUGCUUGAUACGACUAUGGAUGACACCGAGCUCACGUACAAAUUCUGGAGAAUCCGUAAGACAGUUAUGCAGAUGUGCCAUGACAGAGGGUACCUUGUGACUCAGGAUGAGUUGGAUCAGACAUUGGAGCAGUUCAAGGAGCAGUUUGGAGACAGGCCAAGUGAAGGAAGACCAUCAAGAAGUGAUUUGUCAAUUCUAGUUGCCCAUAACGAUGACCCCACAGAUCAGAUGUUUGUGUUUUUUCCAGAGGAGCCUAAAGUUGGAAUUAAAACAAUAAAACAGUAUUGUCAGAGGAUGCAAGAAGAAAAUAUCAGUAGAGCUGUUAUUGUGGUACAAUUAGGGAUGACCCCUUCAGCCAAACAGGCAUUAGUUGACAUGGCUCCUAAGUACAUUUUGGAGCAGUUUGUUGAAGCAGAAUUGAUGAUCAACAUAACAGAGCAUGAGCUAGUACCAGAACAUGUCCUGAUGACCCCAGACGAGAAGCAAGAACUUCUGCUAAGAUAUAAAUUAAAGGAACACCAGUUACCCAGAAUCCAGUCAGGUGACCCAGUGGCAAGGUAUUUUGGUCUGAAGAGAGGACAGGUAGUAAAGAUUAUAAGGCCCAGUGAAACAGCGGGACGAUACAUUACCUAUCGGCUAGUGGUCUGAUCAACAUAUACUGUACAUUCCAAGAAAAAGAUGGUAUUUUACCAAGAUUUCUGUUGAUGGAAAGAAUCAAGAAAUCGUUCAACUGCUUGAGAAAUAGCAGUGGUUUUUGUAUUGAUAUGGUGUACAAGAACUUGUGUUGCUCUGAAGUGAAGCAGACUUGAAACCAAUUAAACCUGUUACAGAGAUGAAGAAGCAGGAUAGAAAAUCAACCAUUAUAUCUGAGAUAAGGAAUAUGCCCUUAGCGCUUUCAAAAAUGUAAACACUGUGCACAGCCUUGACUUACUUCCCACCAAACACACAUUUGUUGUGACCUCAAGUUUUUACUACUGUAUCCUUUCUUAGUUCUCAUGUGAAAAUAAAACAUACAAAUAAUACA